UUAAAGCAAUAUUUGAACUCAAUGAUUCUUCUCCGCCAUGGUCAGACCAAACCAUCCAAUCAUCUCUCUCACCUAUUCUAUAUUACUCCUACUACCGCCAUUAAAACACCUAGCCCACACCUGCACUCCGUUUCCCACAAGGAAUCCAUGGCCGCCAUUAAUCCCUCUCUCUCUCUCUCCGCCAUUGUCAACACGACACACGUCCUUUCCUCUGCCUUCUUCUCCGGUCAAUCCUUCGAUCCAUUUCUCACCAGGUAAGGUAAAAAUUCAAUCACAACUUAAUUUGUUCACCAGUCAAUUUCAUACGAUUUUGUUUAUAUUAUCCAUCUCUACGUCUCCCCUCCUUUUUCCUGAUUUUUAACCCUCUCUUCUCGAAGAUCUCCAUUAACGUCCUUUUCAUGAUGUAAACAACGACACCAAAAUUCAAUCUCCCUUCACAAUAAUAUUCAUAAGAAGAAGAAGAAGAAGAAGCAACUCACAGUUUCAACAAUGUCUGCACUAAUCAUGCUUUUACCAUUUCUCCACUUCGCACUCGCAGCUGCAGAUCCUUCCUCCAGCUUCAUCUUCAACGGAUUCGAAUCCGCCAAUUUGAGCCUCUCCGGCUUAGCCAGAGUAACCUCCGGCGGCCUCCUAUGGCUAUCCAACGCCACCAGACAGCAAACAGGUCACGCCUUCAACCCUACCCCUUUCAUCUUCAAAAAUUCCUCCAAUGGAUCCGCCUUCUCUUUCAGCACAUAUUUCGUCUGCGCCAUAGUCCCUGCCUCUCAGCUCCUCGGCGGCCACGGCAUGGCUUUUGUAAUCGCUCCGGCGCCGGCGCUCCCCGGCGCGCUUCCGAGCACUUACCUCGGCCUGUUCAACGAAUCCAGCAAUGGCAACAACUCUACACAUGUUAUAGCUGUUGAAUUAGACACUCUUAAGAGCACCGAGUUCAGAGAUAUCGACGACAAUCACGUCGGCAUCGAUAUCAAUUCUCUCGUCUCCGUCGCAGCGACUCCAGCCGCAUAUUACGACGAGUCCGGCGUCGUUACAAAUAUGACGCUAAACAGCAGUAAACCAAUGCAAGUAUGGAUCGAAUACGACCAGAGUAUGGCUCAAUUGAAUGUGACUAUAGCUCCAAUCCAUAUGGUUUCCAAGCCAAGUAUUCCUCUCCUGUCGUUGGAUCGCGAUCUUUCGCCGGUUUUGAAUCAGAUUAUGUACGUCGGAUUCUCCGGCGCGCCAUUGCUCGAGUCGCAUUACGUGCUCGGAUGGAGUUUUAGCGUCAACGACACAGCUGCGCCAUUAGACAUCUCUCGACUGCCAAAGCUGCCGAGAAUCGGGCCUAAGAAAGAAUCCAUGUUCAUGAGAGUCGGUUUGCCGGUGAUCUUAGCCGCUUCGAUCUUGCUCGGGAUUUUCGGAUUGGCUUACUACAUUCAACGGAAGCGGAAGUUCGCCGAAGUGAUCGAGGCGUGGGAGCUCGACUACAUGACGCAUAGGUUCCGAUACAAGGAUUUGUACGUCGCGACGAAAGGAUUCAAGGACGACGGGUUGCUAGGAGCCGGAGGAUUCGGGAAGGUUUACCACGGAGUGAUGCCGGAUUCGAAGAUAGACGUCGCCGUCAAGAAGGUCUCCCACGAGUCGAGACAAGGGAUGAAAGAAUUCGUCGCGGAGAUAGUUAGCAUCGGCAGGCUCCGCCACCGGAAUCUCGUGCCGUUGCUCGGCUACUGCCGGCGCAAAGGCGAGCUGCUUUUGGUGUACGAGUACAUGCCAAACGGGAGCCUCGACAAGUAUCUUUACGCCCAGCCAAGAUCGAUGCUCACUUGGGAUCAACGUUUUCGGGUCAUCAAAGGCGUGGCAUCAGGGCUGCUGUACCUACACGAGGAAUGGGAACAAGUCGUGAUUCACCGCGACAUAAAGGCGAGCAACAUCUUGUUAGACAGCGAGUUGGAGGCGAGACUAGGCGAUUUCGGGCUGGCAAGAUUGUACGAUCACGGAUCCGAUCCGCAGACGACUCACGUUGUUGGAACGAUCGGGUACUUGGCGCCGGAGCACACUCGAACCGGCAAGGCAACGACGAGCACCGACGUGUAUGCGUUCGGAGCGUUUCUUCUCGAGGUCGCCUGCGGGAGGCGGCCCGUCGAACCAAACGCGAUACCCGAAAAGACAGUCUUGGUAGAAUGGGUGUUCAAUCUUUGGAGUAGAGGCGACAUUGUUGCAGCAGUUGAUCAAAACUUGGGCAGCAACUAUGCCAAGGGAGAAGCUGAAAUGGUGUUGAAACUAGGCUUGUUGUGCUCGCAUUCGCGGCCGGAGAUGCGUCCGGGAAUGCGAGAAAUCGUCCGGUUCUUGGACGGGACGGUGGCCUUGCCGGAGCUGUCGUCUUACGGUGUCUCCGCUGACGGCCUUCCGUUUGUGUAUUUCGAAGGAUUCGACGACGUAAAGGUCUCGUAUACCUCGUUUGGAGGGAACACCACGUUCUCCGGAUCGUCGUCCGUCACCCAUUCCCUCCUAUCGUCGGGUCGAUAA